AUGAAGGCAGAGGUGGUCAGAGCACACAACAUGAAGCGCUACGUCAACCAACUGAGCGUGGCCAAGUAGCAGCGUGAGAGACGCAUCUGCCUCUUGGGAGGGCCCAACUAUUAGCAGCAGGAGGGAACCACAAAUGAGAGCCAGAGGAUCCUGACAUUUGUUAUGAUCAUGUCAGACCUUGGUUCUGUGAGCACUUCUGUGUGGACAGAGUGUGGAAAAGACAGCACUUAUCAGCUUUUGGGAGAUAGUGGAGAUGCUCGAGACUAACAAAGUCACCCAGCUGGUGGGGGAGAGCUACCAUAACUUAUUUGUGGAGAGCCAGGAGAUUCCUAUGGGAGAGGCUCUGGACAAGGAGCUAUUGUUGAUGCAGGUGGGGAACAAGGACGUGUUCAAACGCAUCCAGGGUGACGCGUACGAGACCAUGAAGGAACACCACUACCCAUCCUUCCUGGUCAGCAAACUUUAUGAGAAGCGCACCAAAUGA